AUGGCGUUCUGUCUGAUAAUGGGAGCCCAUAGUAAUUCAUCCGAUGACGCGCCGGGUCAUCAGAGCUAACUCUGCGAUCAGCCUUCCAGUCCUUACUCAAAGGUUAUGAGAACAUCACAGUGCAAUGUCAGAACUGUGGGAACUUCAGCGGCAAGAUCAAGAAGCGAUGGUGAGCAAGCAUCUAGCUGCAGUGGACUCCAUCAAGGUAUUCGAGAGCUGACCGUAUUCGUAGGGAAUGGUUCACGGUCUGCUUCUUGCCGAUCAUCCCCUUCUCCCUCAAACCUUACCACGACGUCAGCUGCGACAUCUGCCGCUUCAACCAGGACAUCAAGUACCGACCCGACGUACAGCAACAAAUGAACGGAGGAGGUGGCGAACAAGGGCAAGGACAGAUACCGCUACAGAACGCGCCACAGGGAUGGAAUAGCGGGAAUCCGUAUGCGCAAACACAACAGCAGCCGCAGUAUAAGUGA